AUGGAUGGCAAUAUAUCAAGGAAGAGUUAUAUAGAAAUAUUAAAAUAUUACAGUAAGGAUGAGAAUAAAAUAGGAGGAUAUUCUAGUGGAAAGAAUAAAAGAAAAGAUUUAAAUAUUUACGAUAUAUAUUAUAAAGAUUAUUUAUAUGAUUACUAUAAAGAUUGUAGUAAUAAUAAUAAUAGUAAUAGUUAUUUUAAUAAGAAUAAUAGAGAAUAUACAGAUUGUUUAAAGACAGAUAAUUCAUUUUUUAUGACAACAUUAAGUAAUAUAAAAAAAGAUAAUGAUGAUAAUGAUAUAGAUUGUAAUAACAAAGGUAUUUAUAAUAAUAAUAAUAAUAGUAACAAUAAUAAUAAUAUUAAUAAUAAUAAUAAUAAUAUUUUUUGUUUAAAUGUGGAAACUUUGUUUUCUUUUUUAUUUUGUAAAAAGAAAAAUUACUUUUAUCAUAUAAAAAAUAAAUAUUUCAAUGAAAAGUUUUUUCAAUCAAAUAAUAAUAUUAAGAAGAAAAAAAAGAAAAAAAAAAAAAAAAAAAAGAAAAAGGAAAAAAAAGGAUUACAUGAAGAAAAACAAAUAUAUGAUGAAUAUGAUGAUGAAGAAGAAAAUAAAAAUAAAUUUUUAUAUAAUAUAAAAAAAAGUCAAAAAAAAAAAAAAUAUUAUAUAAAUAAAGAAUAUUAUUAUGUCAAAAAUUAUUAUCAUGAUAUAAAAAAAAAUAUUAAAUUAAAUAAACAAAAAAAUAAUAAUACAUGUACUAUAUGUUUUAUUAAUAAUAAUAAUAAAUAUAUUGAAAGAUGUACAUUAUGUUUUGUACAUUUCCAUUUAUAUUGUUAUAAAACAUAUUGUGAUGAUUUUAAUUUGAAUAAUUUUAUUUGUGAUCUUUGUAAAUAUAAUAUAAAAGAUAAUCACACGUAUCUUGAAAGAAAAUCACAAGUGAUAACUAUUUAUAGGAAUAACAAUAAUAAUAUUAAUAAUAUAAAUAAUAAUUAUAUACAACAACAAAAACAUUGUACAAAUGAAGAUCCUUUUUUUUCAAAUAAUAUUAACAGUUCAGAUGAAAAUAAUUAUAAAAAGUAUUCAUUUGCUUAUCCAUUUAAUUAUAACAUUAAUAGGGAAUAUUGUGAUGAUAACAUCCAUUGUGAUGAUAACAUCCAUUGUGAUGAUAACAUCCAUUGUAUUGAUAACAUCCAUUGUGAUGAUAACAUCCAUUUAUAUCAUUUAAAAAGAAAAUUACAAAAUAAAAAAAAAUGUUCAGGUAAAAAUAAUUUAUUUGAAUAUUUUUCUGACCAUGAGUUUUUUUGCACAACUAAAUAUCUUAAUAAUGAAGAAGAUCAUGAUGAUGAAACAAAAAUAAAUAAUAUUAAUAAUAAUAAUAAUAAUAAUAAUAAAAUGUUAAAACAUAUAUAUGAUAACACAAAAAAUAAUAUAUGUGAUGAAAAGAAUAAAGAAAAUCUUUCUUCUUGUGAUUACAUUCGCAUGUGUCCUAAUGAAUAUUUUUCUGAAGAUAUUUAUAAUAGUAAUAAUAAUAACAUACGUUUAAACAAAUACAAUAAUAUUUAUAAAGAGAAAAAAAAUAUAUAUGAUAAUAGUGUUUUAAACAAAUAUAGUUAUAAUAAAUAUUGUGAUAAUUCAAAUAAUUCUAUGAAAAGAAAAUUUAUAGAUUUUUCAAAUUGUAAGGAGAACCAAAUAUUUUGUAUGAUAUGUAAAAAUAUGAAUACAAAUGUUCUUAUGAAAAAAAAAGGAAACAAUGAAUGGUAUCAUGUUUGUUGUUUAUAUUAUAAUAAUAUUACAAAAAAUAAUUGUAUAUAUCAUAUAUAUGUAGAACAUUUUUUUUUUAAUCAUUAUAAUGAAGAUUAUUUUGUAAAUAUGUAUGGAAGUUUAAAAUAUAUUAAUGAGAUUAUUAUAAAAAAAAUAAAAGAUGAAUUAUUAAAAAAUUACAAUAUUAUUACACAUAGUCAUUUCUUUAAUUUUCUUAUGAAUCCAUAUUAUUAUAAUUUAACAUUGAAACAAAUCAAAAAUUUAAUUUUUUCAAAUUUUAUUCUAAAUAAUAAUACUAUCUAUUCUAAUUUGCAGUCAAUAUCAUAUCAGUCAUUGAUUAAUAAUCAUAGACUAAGCUUAGAUGACAGAAGAAGCGUCGCCCCUACUUAUCAGAAUGAUUUACAUAGAGGGAGCAUAAAUAAUUUGUUGAAUAAUAAACAUGAUGAUAAAAAGGGUAGUGUUGAUAAUAAUAAUAAUAAGAAUGAUUAUGAUGAUGAUGAUUAUAGUGAUUAUAGUGAUGCUAGUUAUAAUAACAGUGAUUCUAGUUACAACAACAGUGAUGUUAAUCAUAAUAUGAGUGAUUCUAGUUAUAGUAACAACAAAACUUCUAAUAAAUUAUCAAGUGAUGAUACACUUUUAAAAGAUAAGAAGAAAAGAUCCACAUUAAAAAAAGAAGACACAGUAAAGUGUCAUCAAAAUAUAAAUAUACAAGAAAAAGAGAAAUCAUCAAAAAUGUAUUGUAUGAACACUAAUAAUUGUAGUGUAGUUAAAGAAAAGAAUUAUUUUGUAAGAGAUUAUAUGCAUAUUAUAAACAAUCUUAGUGAUAAUGAAAUGAAUAUAAAUUUAAUGAAAUCAUCAGGAUUUAAUAACUUAUUUAAAGAUAUCGAACAUUGUAUACAUAAAAGAGAUUUUAUUAACUUAAAUAUUUUAAAACAUAUUAAAGAAAAAAUUAUACAUGUUUUAAAAAAUAAUAAUAAACAAGUCUGUGUUUUUUGUAAUCAAUCGACAGGAAUAAAAACAAAAUGUAUGUUUCCAUCGUGUUCUACAUAUUUUCAUAUAUAUUGUUAUUAUAAUAAAUACAUGCAAUGUAUGAAGAAAAAAAAAAACGACCUUCAAAGUGCUAGCCAAAAAAAAAAUAGAAAGAAUCAGCGCUCAACAUCUAUGAAAAGAAAAGGAGUAGAAGGAAAAGAAAAGAAAAAAGAAAAGGUUACUAAGAGAAGUAAUAAAUAUGAUGAUAGUGUAUAUGAAAGUGAGGAGAAAAAAAAUAAUGUCGACAACAAAAGUAAAACUGACAAUAAAAUGAAUAAUAAUAAUAAAAAUAAUAAUGAUAAUGGUGAUGAUAAUGAUAAUGAUUGUUUGGAAGAGAAAAAUGAAGGAGAAAAUGUAAUAAAAAAAAGAAAGAGAAACAAACGCUCACGUAAUAAUAAUGACGAUACAUCUUCUAUAGUCAUGUCAAAUAAAGAAACUUCUAGACAAAAAAAAAAAAAUAAAUGUGCAAAAGAUAAUAGUGACCAAGAAAAGGAGACACCUAAUAAGACUAAUAAUAGAUCUAAAAGAAAUAAAGGAAAAAAAGAUGAAGAAAUGAGUAAUAUAAAUGAUGAUAAUAUAAAUAAUAAAAUCAAUGAUAAUAAUAAUACUAAUGAUAAGUGUCAUAAGGAUGACAAUGAACAAAAUAAAGAAGAACAAAAAAAUAAUUGCAAUAAAAAUAGAAAUACUAAAAGAAAUAGAAAAAGUAUUAAUGAUAAAGAAAUAAAUGAUACAUUGGAUAAUAAAAAUAAUGAUACUGAUAAGAAAUUAAAUAAAUAUAAUUUUUUAAUGGAAUAUCAAAAAAUUAUUGCUUCUGAUAAAAUAACAAGUACUACACAUAAUAAUAUGAAAGAUGUUAAAGAUGUGAAAGAUGUGAAAGAUGUGAAAGAUGUGAAAGGUGUGAAAGAUGUGAAAGAUAUGAAAGAUGUAAAAGAUAUAAAAGAUAUGAAAGAUAUAAAAGACAUUAAACCUAUUAAAGAUGUGAAUGACAAAGGAGACACACAACAGGAUGUAUACCCAAGUGAUGAUAAAAAUAUAAAUAAUGACAUAAAAAAAAAAACGCUAAAACUAAAAACGGAUCAGGUAUUUAAUCCUCUAGCUGAUUCUUCCUCCUCAUCUACAGAUUGUAACAAAAAUUAUAAAAAGAAAGAAAAGGGAGUGAAAAAAAUUGGAUGGAAUGUCAAAAAUAUAAAGCUCCACAACAACAAUAAUAAUAAUAACAAUAAUAAUAAUAAUAAUAGUAAAUAUAAUUGUCACAAUACUAUUGAACAGGAAGAUAAUAAAAUUAAAAGUAAAGGUAAUCAUAAAAAAAAUGAAAAAAAUACGAAUAAUUAUAAUGAAGAUGAUAUUUAUGAUGAUAACGAUUUUUCUUCUAUCUCUUCUUUAUUAUCAUCAUCGUUGUUAACAAAUAAUGAUGUAGAUUCAUCUUAUUUAUAUAAUAAUUCUUUAUGUGAUUCAUCUUCCAUGUUUUCAAAUGACGAAUGUUUUUCAUUGUGUUAUUCUUCAUUAUCUUCUUCAUAUGAAUAUGAUGACAUAAAUAAUGUUAAUUUAAAAAAUAAAAAUAAAUUACAUAAUUUAUCAUCCUCAUCUAAAAACAAAUUAAAUAAUAAUAAAGGUUAUAAUUAUAAUCAUAAUCAUAAUCACCACUGUGCUUACAGUCGUGAUCCUAGUUGUAGUAGUAGAAGCUUUUGGGGGUCCAUAUGUAAUACAUCUGAUAACAUAAGUGAAUCUGAGAGAACCAAUAAUUUGAGCUUUUCAUCUGACAAGUCAGAUAAUUAUUGUUCAUCUAUUUCAGAUCAUGAAAUAGAAAGGGAUGUAACUGUAUAUAGAAAUACGUAUCAUAGAAUUAUUAAUAGAUGGAAAGAUGCAAAAAAAAAUACUGGCACUAAAAAAAAAGACAUGAGUAAUAAAAAAGGUCACAAUAAAAACAAAAUAAAUGAUAAUAAAAAUAAAAUAAAUGAUACUAAAAAUAAUGAAAUACAUGAUAAUAAAAAUAAUGAAAUACAUGAUAAUAAAAAUAACAUAAAUGAUAAUAAAGAUUCUUCGACAGAUGUACCGUUUGAAAGUAUUGACCAUCUAAUAGAAAAAGAAGAAAUAGACAAUAUUUUAAACACCUUAGGGUUAUAUACUUAUAAUUUAAAAAAUAAUAAUAAUAAUAAUGUAUAUAUGAAGACAAUCAAAUUAACCUUAUGUUGUGUCCAUAGUAAUGAACAUGAUGCUAAAGCUGUUAUGAAUAUUAAAUUAAAUACUUUGAAUAAUAAAAAAUAUAAUAAUAUAAAUUGUAUUUUUUAUCAUUAUUAUAACUCCUUUUUACAUUCCUUAUUUUAUUCAGAUGAAUAUAUUCAGCUUAUAAGAAAAGAAGAAUAUUUAGAUUAUGUUCAGAAGGAAAAAAUAAAAAGAGCUAAAUAUUUGAAUAAAGAAAAUAAGGAUGAUAAUAAUAAUAAUAAUAAUAAUAAUAAUUAUGUAGACCAAUUAAUAAAUGAGGAUAACAAAAAAAGAAAAAUAAAUAAUUUAUCUAUUAAUGAGAAUACACACAAUUUGAGUGAUCAUAAUAAAGAACCUAAGAAAAAAAAAAACAAGUCAAAUGAGACACAUAUAAACGAUGAUACAAAUAAAAUGGAAACUAAUACAAAUGAAAUAAAUAAUGAUGAACAGAAAGAUAUAAAUGGUGAUAAUAUUAUAGAAGAAGAAAAAAAAGAAGACGUAUGUAAAAGUAAUAAUAUUAUAAGUAAGGUAUUUCAUUUUUUUGAAAAGAAAAAUAAUAAUAUAAAAAAAAAUGAGCAUAAAAAAGAAAACAAUGAAAAAAAUGAUAAGGUGAAUGAAGAUAAUAUGGUAUUACAAAAUAAAAGAGAUGAUAAUAUGAAUGAAUCAAAAGAAAACAACAACAAUAAUAAUAACAAUAAUAAUAAUAUUAAUAAUAAUAAUAUUAAUAAUAAUACUGUGCUGUUUUGUAAUAGUCCUGACAAAACAAAUGAUAAACAUUUAGAACCCACAUCAGAAGAAGAAGCUAAUUCUUAUAAUGAUGAAAUGAAUGAAAAAGAAAUAAAAAUAUUUUCUAAAUACAUAGAUAAAAUAAUUGAAAAUGUAGAAACGAAAUGUAUUAUGAAAAAUAAUGUUUGUGAUGGUAUUUAUUAUUUAAUUAGACAAGAAGAUGGUUUGAAUAUUUGUCAGAAGGUUAAUAACAAUACGAUAAAAAAAAAAAUGAAACAAGAAAAAUAUAAUAAAAAAACAAAACAAAAUAAAAAUAAAAAUAAGAAUAAAAAUAAUUAUGAUAGUAAUAUAUUUAAUAAUAUAAAUAUUUUGAAUAAUCUUCCUAUUGAUAUACAAAAAAGAAAUUAUAUUAAUACAAAUAUUAUUAAUAAUAAUAUUAUGAAUAUUAAUAAUAAUAAUAUUAAUAAUAGUAAUAGUAAUCAUAAUAGUAAUCAUAUAAAUCUAAGCGAUUUAAAGAAAAAAAUUAAUAUUAAUAAAUAUACAUAUUUAUUUUAUCGUCUACCAUUAUUCUUAUUUGGAGAUAAAUAUAUUAACGAUAUAGAUGAUGUCAAAAGUAUAUACACUAUUAGAAAUUUUUUUAAUCAGAAUAAUGAUCUUACAAAUACAUCUAAGAAUAUUAUGUAUGUUAUAGAUUUAUUGAAAAAAUAUAAUACAAACAAUAAUGUUUUAAAAAAAAAUAAUAUGAUAAUGCCACAAAAAAAUUAUAUUCGUGAAAAAAAAGAACAAUGUGCUGACCUUGAAAAAAAUACUCAUGUAUUAUUUAAUGAUAGUGUAGUCGAUCCCUCAACACCACCUUUAGAAACAACAAAUACAAAUCCAUUGAGUGAUAAUAAUGUUAUAUGUCAUGAUAAUAUUAUUGCUAAAUCUUGUAAUACUGAGACAAAUGAAUUACACGAGCAUAUAAAUCAUAAUAUCCUUAAUGAUGAUAAUUGUCAUAAUAAUGCCAUAAAGGAGAACAACCAACAAAUUGAACCUAAAGAUACUAAUCCUAAUGAAGAAAAGGUUAUUUUAGAAUUGGAAACUCAAAGGAGUGAAGAAAGAAUGGAAGACCGUGAUGAGGAUGAUGGUAAGAGCGGUGAGGAUACUCGAUUUGUAGAUAUAGAAACAAAAGUGGUAGACAUGGAUCCCAAAGUGGUAGAUAUAGAAACGAAAGUGAUAGAUGUAGAACCCAAAGUGGGAGAUAUAAACCACAAAGUGGUAGAUGUAGAACCCAACGUGGUAGAUGUAGAUCCCAAAGUGGGAGAUAUAAACCACAAAUUGGUAGAUGUUAACCACCAAAUGGUAGAUAUAAACCACAAGGUGGUAGAUGUUAACCACCAAAUGGUUGAUGAUAUCCAAACUGUGGGUACAUCAAAUAAUACUCCUACAAUUAACGAUUGCAUGAAAAUAAAAAAAGUGAAAAAGAACAAAAAAUGUCAAACGCUUGUUCAAGAAAACGAUUUGUCUUGUUACGCUAAUAAGAAUGUGAAUGUAAUAUUUUCAUUAUUUGAUAAUGGAAAUAAUUGUUAUUUAUUAAUAUAUGAAUCUGAAAAAGAUAAUAAGAAGAAGAGUGGGAAGAAUAAAUCAAUAAAAACAAAAAAGGAUUAUAAUAAUAUAGAUUAUUUUUUUAAAGAUUUGUAUCACAAAAUACAUGAGAUUAAUUUUAAUGAGGGUUCUUAUAAAAUAUUAAAAGAUAUAUUUUUUAGUAUGAUGUAUAAUAUGAAUAAUAUGAAGAAUGGAGGUAUGCAAUAUUUAAACAGGAUGAAUAGACAGAGUUAUAGUAGUAAGAUGAUGAGCAGAGGUAGUAUUAAUAUGAAUAAUAUAAAUAAUAAUAAUAUGAAUAAUUAUCAAAAUAAUUAUAAUAGUAAUAAUUUUCAAUAUAAUGAAGAAAUAAAUUAUAUAAAAUUUAAUGAAACGAUAUUAAAUAAAAAUACAUUAAAUAAUUUAUUAAAAAAUUUUAGUUGUUUAAAUAUAUCUAAGAGUGUUAAUAUAAAGUUAGUAAAUAUAGUAGAACUAAGUUAUUAUGAUUAUAUAUUUUUGAAGACACAUAAAAUAUUUUUUUCAAAAAAAGGAGUAAAAAUAUAUGAUCAUAGUAAUAAUUUAUUUAACUUUCAAGACAAUCUAAAUGAUUCUGUUGAGAAGAAUAAUAAAGAAACAAAAGAAAAAGGUUUAAAGAAAAAAUUUAGAUAUUUAUCAUUAAAAUUAAAAAAGAUAUUAAUAUCUCAUUGUGAAGGAGCAAUAAGUGGGAACCCUAACAACAAAGGUAAAAAUAUGAAAACUAAAGGUAACAACAAUAAUAAUAAUAAUAAUAAUAGUGUUAUUAAUAAUAUGUUGAAUGUAAGAGGACUUGCUUUAAAUAAUAAAAAUAAUGACAUGAGUAAUAUUUUAAUGACAUGUAAAAAGAAUAAUAUAAUAAAAAAUGAAACAUUAAAUAUGAUAACAAAUAAAGGAUUAUUAUGUUUAAAUGGUGAAGGUGAUCAAUUACGUUUUCAGACACCUCUAGAUAUUAAUACAAAUAGAAAAAUUGUAGACAAAAAUAAUAGUAUAUCCCGUGGCAUUAUAAAUAAAAAUAAUAUGAAUAGUAUGAAUAGUAUGAAUAGUAAUAUAUAUAAUAUACGACCUUUUAAUAAACAAAAUGGUAAUUCCAUUUUCUUUAAUGAUACAAAUCUUUUGAAUAACAUGAAGGAUUUUUUUAAAAGGGGAGAAGAAAACUGUAUAGAUGAUAUAAAUGAAUUCUAUAAUAAAAUUGGAACAAGUGAUCAAAAAAAAAAUAACUUGAAUAAAAAUAUGAAAUAUAAAAAUGCGAUAACAAAAAAUGUAAAAAAAAAUUUAUAUUCUAAAAAGAAAGGAAAAGCAAAAAAAGGAAAUACGAAUAAAUAUAAUAUGCAUAUAAAAACAACUUCUUUAUUAUCAUCAGCAUUACCAGCAUCAUAUAUGAAUACAAUAAAUAUAUUAAAUAAUAAUAAUAAUAAUAUAUCAAAUAAUAAUAAUAAUAAUAUAUUAAUAUUACUUAUGAAUGAAUAUAUAUUAAAUAAAGAUAAUGAUAUUAAUAAUUAUAAUAUAAAAGAAUAUUUAAAUGAAAUAUUAAAUAAAUAUAAUAAAUUUAAUUUUUAUGAAAAUAAUUUUGAUAUAGUGAAAUAUAAUACUUUCAUUGAUCAGAAAAUUGUACCUUCUGUUUCUUCUUUUAGUGUAUUUGAUAUUUAUAAGUUAUUUUUUUUUGAUCAUAAAGAAUUGGAAAAAAUAAAUAAUGAACAAGACAAAAUGAAAUAUAUAAAUGAUGUUUUAUUUAAUAAAAAUGCAUUAUUAAAUUUUAGAAAUUUUAUAAUGAAAAAAAAACAUAUUGACUAUGUAAAAAAAAGUUUCAAUUAUAAAAAUUUUAUAGAUAUAUCUAAUUCAUAUCUUAUAGAUAUACAUCAUAUUCUAUCCUUUGAAAAAAAUAAAAAAAUAUUUUUUAAAAAAAUUAACAAUCACAGAAAUACACAGGAAAUAGAAACUAUAAUACAUACAAAUAAAAAGAGUAAUCUAAUAUGUGAUGAAAAAACAAAGGAACAAGAAAUAUGUAAUCAGGUAACAAAAGGGGGUAAUAAUAAUGAUAUAAAUUAUAAUAUUAAUAAUAAUAUUAAUCAUAAUAAUAAUAUAAAUCAUAAUAAUAUUAUAAAUAAUAAUACUAAUCAUGUGCACAAUAAUGAUUUAAACGGAAUAGAUAUGAAGAAGAAAAAAAAAAUGUCUUUUAAAAAUGAAUAUAUAGAUAUAAAAAACAAUGUUGGUAAUAAUAAAAAUGGAAGUGAUGAUAUAACAAAUAAUAUAAACAAAAUAAAUCAAAUAAAUAAUGUUACAAAUAAUAGUUGUAGUGAUGCUGCUCCUUAUAUACAUUUUGAUACACAUAAUGAUAUCCCAACAACACAAUCUUAUGACACCACAAAUAGUUGCAUUAGUCUUAUUCAUAAUACAUGUAAUACAGAUAAAAUGAAAACACAUGAUAUGCAUGUUAAAAAAGAAAAUGUAAAUACAAUUGAUCUUCAAGAUGUUAAGGAAGAUAAUGAUAAAACUGUAAGAAAUGACAUAACAAGUAAUAUUUCUUUUUAUAAUAAUAAUUAUAAUAAUUAUAAUAAUUAUUAUAAUAAUUAUUAUUCUUGUUUUAAUAUAAUAAACCAAAAUGUUCAGAAUCCAUAUGGAAAUUUGUUUGAUAAUCAAAAUAAAUAUGAAGAUGAAAAUUUUGAUCUUCUAAUUGAUAAGAAUUAUACUAAUCUAAAAAAUUUAUAUGACCAUAUAAACGAUGAAAUUGUUAAGAAUAAAAUUUAUUUAAUUAGUAAUAUUAUAGAAGAAAACCAUACAUACAAUAUUUCUGAUAUGCCUGUCUAUAUCAAUUUUGUUUACUAUAAAUAUUCUUGUGUAACUAAUUGGGUUUAUCUAGUCAAUAACUUAAAAGAUAGUUUUAUCAAAGAAGAAACAUUCUUUAAAAAAUAUGAUAUUAAAAUAAACGUAGAUAUAAACCAUAAGGAGGAUACUAAACAUCAAACAAUCAAAGAUAAAGGAGGUGAUAUAAAACAAAAGGAAGAAAAUAUUAUAAAUAACGAUCAUGUAGAUGACAAAGAAAAUAUUAUAAAUAACGAUCAUGUAGAUGACAAAAAAAGUGAUAUAAAGAACAAACAAAGUGAUAUAAAGAACAAAGACGAUAUAAAACAAAAUACAAAUCAAACAAAUGAACUUAACGAAGAAGUAAAAAGUGUAAUCAAAACAUCAUGUCCUGAUAAAUGUAUUAGUCAUGAUAAUAAAUUAUUAGAUACCUUAGAACUAUCUAAAGAUAAAAAAGAAACAAAUUUAAAAACUGAGAACGAUAUCAGAUUGGAUGCUCCAUCAGUUCAUAUGGUAGAUAAAACAAAUGAAACAAAUAAGAAUAAUAAUAAUAUAAAAACACAAGAAAAAAGUGAUGAAAACAAAAAAAAAGAUGAUAAUAAUAGUAACAAUAAUAAUAAAAAGAUAGAAUCUGAAAGUAUAGAAAAAACAAGCAACAAUAUGUGCAGUGUAUGCUUUAAUAUACAAGAUGGAAAUAUUAAUAUUUUAUAUAAGUGUAUGAAAUGCAAUAUAUAUGUUCAUAAAUAUUGCUAUGGCAUAUAUCCUAAAAACAAAAGUGAAGAUUUUUUAUGUGAUAGAUGUGUGUUUAAUAAAUAUGUAAAAAAAUUAUUAUCAAAUGAUGAUAUUAAUAAUAAUAAAAGUUCUACAACAAAUAUAAAAAAAAAAAAAAAAAUUAGUAAGGGAAAUAAUACUCUUAAUAAUUCAACAUCUUUGAAGAAUCAAGCACAUCUUUUAUUAUCAUCAGAAAAUAAUAAUAUUAUAAUAAAAAAUGACAUCAACAAUAAUAAUGGUAAUAUUAUGAAUGCAUGUAGUGAUAAUUCAAAUAUUGUAAUACCACUUGAUAAUAAUAUGAAUACAGAUAUAAUAACAUGUCUUAAUAAUAACACUUUGAAUGAAAAUAUAAAUAAUUUAUUUUUUAAUUAUUGUUGUAUAUGUAAAAAAUCAGGAGGCGCCCUAAAGAAAACCACAUCAAAAACAUUUGUGCAUCUAUUCUGUGUUAUCUUUUUUAUUUCAAAUGUGUUCUGUCAUAAUAUAUAUAAUAUGAAUUAUUGGAACGUCUAUCAGCUGAAGGAUUGUGAACAGAUGUGUGAUAUAUGUCAUAAGAGGGGUGCUGUCAUACAAUGUUCUUAUAACCACGAGAAAUUAAAAGGUGCAGAUGAAAAGAGUGGAGAUGAAAAUAGUGGAGAUAAAAAGAGUGGAGAUAAAAAGAGUGGAGAUAAAAAGAGUGGAGAUAAAAAGAGUGGAGAUAAAAAGAGUGGAGAUAAAAAGAGUGGAGAUAACAAAAGUGUAGAUAACAAAUGUAUUAAUCAAAUAGAUAUUAGAAAAAAUAUGAAGUGUAAAAAAUAUUAUCAUCCUCUCUGUGCUUAUUUAGAAGGAUAUUAUAUGGAUGUUGAAGUACAUGACGAUCAAUAUAUUAAAACAUUUUUUUAUGAUAAUUGUUUUUCACAUAUAGAUAUAAAUACAUAUUGUAAUGAUCAUAUCCCAAUGAAUUCUUAUCAAGAUAGACAUAUUAUAAAAGAAAAAAGAAAUAAGUGUUAUGAAAGUAAUAAUAUAUCAUAUAUGUUGCAAAUAUAUAAUAAUCAUAAUACGAUGAUCAACAAAUAA